AAAUAAAGAAAACAAACGCUGCUCCAGCAAGGCACCGACUCGGCUCCCAACCCCAACCAGUACCCUCCUCGCCAUGGCCGCGGGCGCUGCCGCGGGCUGCGGCGGCAAGGACCGCAUCAGUGCUCUCCCCGACGACAUCAUAUGGGAGAUCAUUUCCGAUCUCCCCGUAACGGAGGCGGCCCGCAGCACCGCCCUCGCCUCCCGCUGGCGCAACAUCUGGCCCUCCACCCCGCUCGUCCUCGACGAUGCCGACCUCCCGGAGCCCACGCGCAUCGCCACCGUUGCUCGAAUCCUCUCCGGCCACCCGGGCCCCUUCCGCGACGUCAGCCUCGUCAACUGCAGGUUCGGGCCUCAGGACCAGGACCACGCCGCUGAGUGGCUGCGCCUCCUCUCCGCCAAGGGCACACGGAAUCUCGUCCUCUUCAACCAGCCCAGUCAGCCCCCCUUGCGCCUCCCCGACGACUUCAUCCGCUGCUCCUCACUCAAGGUCCUUGUCCUGUGCUCCUGGACCUUCCCUGGCGAACACCUACCGGGCAUCUUUCCCAACCUCAGGAAGCUCGGCUUGUCAUGGGUCUCCAUGACCGACCAGCACUUCGACCACUUGCUCGCUGCCUGCCCUUUCUUGGAAUUCCUUUAUUUCCUCCACGACAGGACGCUCCAGCGCAUCCAUCUCCGCAGCCAAAGUCUCCGUUUCUUCCUCAUUGGGCUGUCGGUUAUGGCGGAGGAGGUCGCUGUGGUGGACGCGCCGCUCCUCCAGCGGCUCUGCUUCGAUGAUUUGCGUUGUGUCGGUGGACGUCAGUAUAUGAGGGUCAGAGUUGCUCGUGCACCUAACCUGCGGGAGCUCGGCUAUCUGGACACAGGAGUUCACAACCUGCAGAUUGGUGACACCGUCAUCAAGGUACAGCCUAAUGCAAAUUAUGCAAUGGCAAGCCCAAGCACUGUGGUUCCAGGCGUCAAGAUAUUGGCCGUGAAGGUGAAUUUUGGUAUCUUUGGACAGGUCAAGAUGCUGGUCAGCUUCCUUAGAUGCUUUCCCGAGGUCGACACACUGCAUAUUGAGUCAGUCUUGCAUGAUCCAUCUGUAGCCGCAGAUGAACCCACUACAGAGCACCACGCCAAUUUCUGGCAGAAGAUCAGUCCUGUUGAAUGCUUGAGGUCACGGGUCAAGAAGAUGGUUUUCCAUAAAUUCCGAUGGGAUCGUAAUGAAUUUGAAUUCCUCAAGUUCAUCGCCAGGGAUGUACGAGAGCUGCAGUCGUUGCUGGUUCUGCCGGAUGAAGAAACAAUUUCUUCAAUGGACAAGGUGAAUGAGAUGAUAGACAAAUCUGAGUGUCCACGAUUUCGAGCAUGGGCUUCCCGGGUGUUCCUGGUGUUGCCUGGAGUGCAGAAAGUUUUGGACUACGUCAAAGCAUUUGAUAUCACCGUCGACGACCCUUUUCUCUGAUGUUCCCAUGGUUGUCUACCUUUUCAUGAUUGGAGUUUGAAGAAUUGCUGAGUGUUCUACUGCAAGUUCAUGCUGUUUUGUUUGUAGGGUUUUGUUCUCUUAUGAUAUGGGCAGUUUGCUUCGUUCUCUUACUGUAUGGCAGAUUUCAAGUACGAUGAGUUUAUCUCAGAGCUAAGCUAGCAGAACUAUUCAUAUACAUGAAACUGAACAUUCGGGUUUGACAAUCACACACUAAACACAAUGCUUGGAUUCUUUCUC